GCAAAUAAUCUAAACGGCUAGUCUGGGACUCAUUACAAUUAGGCCCUUAAAACUUCCUUCAAGCUACAGACUUUAAUGGCGACAGCAUCUUUUACUAAUUUACGAUAAUCUUUGUUUUGUUCGCUGUUUUGUUCAUUUCAAUUCGAUAAAGAAGAUUAGAGUGUGAGAAAUCAGCAAUUUUUUUCUGUUUGAAUGUUUUUCUGUGUUUUGUGAUUUCAGUUCAAUUGCGUCUGGUCCAAACCCUAAAUUUCUGCUUUGCGCCGCAUAAAUUUGAAUUCCUCGAGCCAUGGGCGGCGAGUCGCGGUUCGAGAUCCAUCAGAAUGCCUACAUGAAGCUGGUUCUCCACGCUCUGAAGCACCGUACAUCGGCCGUCAACGCCGUCCUCAUCGGUCGGUCCGUCGGUGGUGGCGCGGCCGUUGAAAUCGUCGAAUCUGUACCUCUCUUUCACUCGCAGAUCGGCCUUCUUCCUCCCCUUGAAAUUGCCCUGUUUAUGAUAGAGGAGUACUACUCAGAGAAAGGCUUGAGCAUCGUCGGUUAUUUUCAUGCUAAUGAGAGGUUUGAUGAUGUCGAAUUAGCAACUGUUGCCAAGAACAUUGGAGAUCACAUUACUCGGUAUUUUCCUCAGGCAGCCUUGCUAUUGUUGGACAAUAUAAAGCUUGAGUCAUUAUCCAAGCAAAAAGAUCGAAGCCCUGUGAUGCAGCUUUAUAGGAAGGACACAUCUAGUAGUUGGAAGCUAGCUGGAUCCGACGGAAGUAGCCCUCUUUCUCUGAAGGAGCCUACGGCGAACAUAUUGUUGUUGGAUUACAUUUCAUCCGGGAAAUGGAAGGACAUCACAGACUUUGAUGAUCAUCUAGAUGAUCUCAGCGAGUAAUAAAAAUCGACUGGGACUGGCUGAACCCGGAACUUUUCAAAUAAGCAUCAUCGAUAUGCAGUGAAGCUUAAACUGAAAAGGUAUUGAUGCUCUCCCCUUGGCUUAGUUUUCAUUUACGAUCUUAGUUUGUGAUCAUGUUUUACAUGAUUGAAUUGACUGAAUUUUCAUGUUGGAAUAUCGAUUCGGUGUUUAUGUGGUUCGUGAUUUGAAUGCCGUGAUUCGGAAGCUGAUUCGCGCUUUCAUUCUA